CGGAAAUCCCCGGCGGAGGAGGGGGAAGCGGAAUGGCCUGACCCGGGCUAGCCGGCAAGGCAUAGCGCGGCUCAGCCAGCUGCAGCGAUGAAGCGGCGCGGUUACGGAUUUCUGUUACUGUUCCUUCACAUCCUGAGAGCUGUUACUGCGCUGGAGAAGAUCUUCAGUAAACCUGGGGACAAUGUUACACUGAGUUGCAUUUAUCCAGGAAGAGAAUUCAGCUUAGACAAUCUGCGAGUAUACUGGCAAAUAGCUGAUAAUGAAGAUACAGAGCCAUGUUCAGUAGUGCAUGCACUGAUCUCUGGUCAAGACAAUGAAAGUCUGCAGUGCAGUCAGUUUAAAAACAGGACUCAGUUAUUAUGGGAUAAACUAGGAGAUGGCAAUUUUUCUCUACUACUAUUUAAUGUCAGACAGAGCGAUGAACAUACGUACCGAUGUGUAGUGAUGCAGACAGCUGAAUAUACCAAAGUGAUUCACCAGGAGCAAGUGGUUCUAAGCCUGGCAGCUAGUUACAGCCAACCAAUACUCAGUGGGCCUGUAAGAAACAGUUACAACACUGGAGAAGAGGUGACUUUCAGCUGCAGAUCUGACAAUGGAUACCCCGAACCGAAUGUUUAUUGGAUAAAUAGAACAGACAACACACGCCUGUCUCAGUCAAGUUUUAAUAUCACCCAACAUCCCGAUGGCACUUACAGUGUUUUGAGCACACUGAAGGUUAAAGCAACUUCUGAUAUGCAAAUAGAGUGCUUCAUAGAAAAUGAAAUACUGCAGGAAAACACAUCAGCCAACUACACAGAGGAGAUGCAAAUCAAUGGUUCCAGCACAGGAAGUCAUAAAGAGCUGGCAAAAAGCGGACAAGGUGCUCAAGCAGCUGCAGUUGUGUCAGUUGUGAUUCUGAUGGCUUUUCUGACUGUGUUGAUCUCCUGGCUGUGGAGACGGAGGUCCUCUCAACUAGUAUCAUACACAGCACCUGUCUAAUGGGAACAUCUGCCAACAAGUCAGGCAGCUGGAGGUGCAUCAAGAGGAGCAUACCCCUUGUCUCAGCAGCAGCAUUGCUUGUAAUACAAGCGACAGGUUUGUGCAGAGUGUGCCAAGACUGAUGUCAAGAAGCUUCUUCAACAGAAGAAAAACCAAAAUCCAUUGGAUUCCUGUUCUGAUCAGGAGCUGUGUCUCAACACCUGUAAACUUCUUCAGAUGGUUUUCAGUGUUUUGAGCUCCUACGCUGGGGAAGAGCAGUGAGCCUCGCACUUAGCUACUCUGUUCUAGAGUCUCUCGUCAUCACCGCUGAGGAAUUCGUUUUGAGUACAAGUGGCCAUGUUUCAGGAGCAUGGGAAGUUCUGUUUCCUUCUCCUUUUGCUGACAGUGACUACUGAAUGUGAAAAGGCAGCUAAAAAUAAGGAGGAAAGGAAAACCAAAGGACUUUCUAGAAAGUGAGAUGUGUAACUUUUUUCACAUUUCGCUAUCUACAGUACAUUCUGUCAUUGAUUUCACCAGCUGCACGUUAUUAUGUACAGAAUGAGCCAGACUAUCUUGACCUGGUCCUAAUAAAAUAGGUUUUGCCAUGACUGGGUUAAGCACUGAAUGUGUGAACAAAGAUAAAUCUCCUUUAAAGGCACUUGAUAUUAAAAUUUUAUUCUUUACUGAAUGUCUUACCAAAAAGGAGACUUCAACUUUCUACAGAAGCUGGUGCUUACUGUGUGAGAGACCAGCCUGUGGAAAACAGAUUAAAAACAGUGCUCUCUCCUGUGUUGAUGUAAGGUUACCUUGACAUAUCUCUGCCUGGAUGAAACAAGAAAUCCAUACUCAGGCUCUGUUCAAUUCAGCUUGCCUUUAUUUAAGGCCAGCAGCACCCAGGGAGAGUUUGAACUGAUUUUAUUUUUUUUUAAAUGCUUCUUCUUGUCUCAUCCUUUCACCAAGGAAAAAGGAGUGCAAAGCAGUUCAAUAUGUUAACUAUGAAUGUUUUUGACGUGUUGAUGGCUAAAGGAAAGAAAGGGAAGAAAAGUGAAGAACGGCAUUUUCUUCCAUGUGCCAUCAUCUGUGCCUUACUGGUUCAGCUCCAAUUAAGCUGGAGCAAAUAGAUGAAGAUAGCAAACAGUAAAUGUGACUGAUAGUCUAAAAUUUUGGAGGAGAAUAAAUCAAUAUUAGUUCUUUUCUGUUGGGGUGGGUGGUGGUAAUGAUUUUAAUACUGAGUCCUGGAAAAACUCCUGCAGCAGUUGCUAGACUAAAAUUCUACUAUUUCUGCAGUCACAGCCUUGUUUGCCCCAGCUCCACAUAGAGAAGGCUGUCCAGUGUCAGCCAUGAGUUAGGAAGUUUUUGUUUAUUUGUUUUAAAUCAAGAUCAGCUUUCAAAUCCCAGUGAAGCAAAAAUAAAUUAUCUUUUUCUGCCUUUGUGCAAAACCCAGACCCAUUUGGUGACACUUCUGUUGAAACAAUACCCCUGUGGGCUCAGAGUUGGCUAACUGCACUGUCAGUAUUAUGUGGGAGUCUCAUGGGCUCAGUUUUUAUGACAUUCAAGGGAAGGAAAAAUACAGCUCUCACUUGAUGCAAUCUGAGCUCACUCCCCAGUUUGAGUAGGAUAGAAAAAUUUUUAAAAAGUCUAAUCUGCAACUAAAUAAUUGUUCAUGUCUCCUGUUUUGGCUGCAAGUAACUGUGUACGAUAAUGUUCUGAAGGCAUUUUAUCUAUUCAUGUUAGAAAAGCAUUGUAUAUUUGUUAACUUUCAAUGUCUGUGAAAGCUGUUCUUUUAUUUAUUAAUUCCACUUUUGCCACAUCUUGCAUUCCUAUUUACAACCGUAACACACCCUAUCAGGUAGGACAUUUAGCUCACGAUAUGUUUCAGAUUAAGUAACUUACAGCAUGUCAGUAAUCUUAAGUGUCCACUUUUCCUCGUCUUACUUCUUGUCCAUUAAUCUAAGUGUUUGAUAUCUUCUGAGCCCAUAUUUAGUCUUCAGGCAAAAUCUAUCCAGUGUUUGCUGAAGACAGAAUGCAAGCUCACAAACACAUUUGAGAUGUGACUGCCACCUGCACAGAUGUGAAGGGCAACCAUUUCCUGGUGGUUCAGUGAGCCAUUUUCUCACUCUCUAUCCUGUGAAGUUGUUUUGGGUAACCUCUUUAGCGCCACCGUAACUGACAGAAGCCUUCUAUAAAAACAGUUUUCCUCCUUCAUAUUCUACCAGUACAAAAAACCAUAGUGCUUCAGAAACGUAAGGGGUGACCUAGCAAUCACUCCACAGUAUGCUGUUUAGAAAAUUUAGGACAGAGAAGUUCUUACUUCUGGCUUUACUUCAUGAUACAUAGUGAAUACAUCUAAGAGCAACAGCUUGCUCUUGCAAAAUCCAUACUUUCAACUGAUUUAAGUUUCCAGCUGUUUUUGGAGGCAAGAAAAUCCUGGAUGACAAUUGUUUGUUACUUGGAAAUUCUGUAAUAACAGCUUGUCAUCACAUACUAUGUUUAUAUUAUAAAUAAAAGCCUAUUAAUUCUUC